UCAGAAAAUCCAGGGUAUUUUAGAAUUUGUAGCUUAAAAAAGAAUAAAAUUCUAAUUUAUUUUUUAGCAAGUAUAAAAAAAAUAUGGAAGUUGUUGUUGAUGAUAGAAAGUUGAAGAGAGCUGCUGCCAAUGUCAAUGAGAGGCGUCGUAUGCAGAAUAUAAAUAGUGGUUUUGAAGCGUUGAGAGACCUUAUUGAUGUACCAAACAAGUCAAAAUUGAGUAAGUCUGCCAUUUUGCGUCACUCCGUGGAUAUGCUUCGUAAUGUUUUAUCGGAAAACCAACAACUGAGAGAGCAAAAUAUUUUUUUAAGAAACUUAUACACAGGACCUCUGACUGCAACAAACAGUAUGUUUAUUUCACCACAAGUUCAACGAAAUAUAAUGUCUGCUUCUAGCUUUCAAGAUUAUAGUUUAUUGAACAACGGCGUAGAGAGUCCAGCAAAAAAGUCCAAAGCUAUGCCUCACAGUUCUGCACCACUAAACAGAGCAAUAGCACCGACUGUGAGUACUUCUACACCGAAAAAGAAAAACUCCCCGCCAGUAGCAUCGCCCUGUAAGUCUCCAAAAAAGUAUUCUGCUCAUGUCAACAAACUUUUAGCAUCUCCAAAGCGUAUAACAAGAUCAAGUGUGAUCACUCAAAACUUUGCAUAUUCUUCACAAUCUGAAGUGUUUGAUAGCCCAACAAGAAAAUCCUUACGUUUGCAACAAAAAGAACUGGCUCUGAUGACACCUCCGAGGUCUGGUGAGUCCAGUGUACAUUUUGAUCGACCUGCAACUCCAGAAAGUCCCGACACUAAAAAUUUAAAACUCAGCGUAGACCAACGUAAAAAAGAAUUUCCUGUCGGUUUUUAUACUCCAGAGUCUGUAAAGUCUAUCCCAGCAAGAGGUGCUAAACGAAGCCUUGAUGCUAUCAUUCAAGCUAUAGAUCAAUUAGAAGGCACGUGACACACCUUUUUUAUUCCAAUCUAUUUAUUGUUUUUAUUUAUUUUAUUGCAUCAUACAUAUGUAUUAUA